AAUUCCUACAAAAAUCAACAAACAGAAAUUUUGAAAAAAAGGAAUUAUGUUACUAUGAAUCGUGCCGUAUGAACGGACCCUGAGGACAUAGCAUAAGUCGAACAAUCAACUGUGAAUAGUCAAGUACUCGGUUUUCACCCAAGUCCAUAUUCGAGUUCGAGUUUCAGAACUUUGAGUACUCAAAGUCGAUUAAUCGGAAGUUGACUUACCUAUCCCUAAUUCGACACGUAAAUAAACGAAAUCCCCUUGGAAAAGAAGAGUUUUUCCCAUUUUUUUCUGCGAAAAUCGAAACUUUUAGAAGACAAUGUCUACAAAAAUGGAAAACACUAACGAAACAAAUGAAAAUGGCUGGGAUUUGGAUGACGAUGACAAUUGGGAUGAUUGGGGGGAUGCCGAAGAAAAUCCUACAAUAGAGGAAACAAUCAAAACAACAACAAAUACGAAUUCCCUGCCCAACAGAACUACAAUUUCUGAAAAUAAUAAUAUCCAAAAAGACCAACAGCAGCGACAGGAUAGUAAUUGCAAUGAACAGCAGCAACCUGCUAAAACGUCCAAUAGUAAUGGUGGUGGUGGUUGGGGCAGCUUGUUUGGUGGUGUAAUGUCCACGGUCUUAAACACAGCCACCGAAUUGACCAGCACAGUUACCCAUGGCUUGGACAAAGUAAUUGGUGUGCCCGAUCCCGAGGAAAUGGCACGAAUCAAUGCCUCACAAGAGGCCAGACUAAAGGCACAACAACAGCACGAGCCAGACGUCAAAACAAAUGAAAAAGACAAUGACGAUGACGAUGAGAGGUCUUUGACUCCCACCAAAGCCGGGCCUGUUUUUGGUUUAAAUCUCGUGAGUAAUGUAACAUCUUUGGGUAGCAAGGUGUUGAACACCGGUCUAGAUACUCUGGAGGGUAUUGGUAAGAAGACUAUGAAUAUAUUACAAGAAAAUGAUCCGUUGCUAAAGAACAAGAUAAAGAAACUGGGCUUGGAAAAGGAGAAAUGUAAUCUAACAGAGAUUCUCAAAGAAGCCAAAAAGGAAACGGAACAACUUGAACAAUCCAUGAGAGAGUUGAAUAUUGAAAAAAUGAAAGCUCAACUAAGAUUUGAAGUUUUGUUUGAAAAUUAUUGUGGUCUGGUGCAUAUGGAAGCAUUAGAAAUCCUAUCCAAAGAGUCACAAUUGAAAUUGCAAACCCUCAAAGAAUCGGUUAGUGGUAAAGCUCGAGAAGAGCUAUUGGAAACUUUAAAUGAAGUAAAAGAGCUAAUGGAAUUGGAAGAUUUAGAGGGUGAACCUGAGACGGAAGACUAUAGUGGCACUGAUUUGGGUGAAAAACUUAAAGAAGCCAUACAAGAUACGGAGCUUAAAAUUAAUUUUGAUGAAAUUACGAACUUGUGGUCCUCAGCAGUUGCCUGGUUCGAGACCGAAGAAUCCCACAAUGCCGAGGUACAACCAAUUUUUGCCAAAGCAGUAACCACCCUGGCCGAAACAUGUGCUUUGGAAAUUUUGAAAUUACACAAAAUUGCCGAGUUGCUUUUGAUCCAAGACCAUCAUAGCACUGCCAAUGAGGUGGAUGGUGUAGUGCAGUUGUGUAAACUAUUCAAUAUUCACUUACAGGUGGUGGCAAAUCGUUUUGCCAGCCACUUGAGCACGCACGAACAACAAGAUGAAGCCAAAACGAAUAUAACAACGAUAUUCACAGAAAUGGUACAGGCACGGCAGCAGAUUGAAAAUGCCUUUAAACUAUUUCUGCCCAUAAUACAAAUUGGAGCAGUGUGAAGUAGAUAGGAGGCGGACCAAUGAUUCCAUAAAUAAAAUUAAUCCACCCCAAACCAGUUUAUCUAUAAAUUUGUAUAAGAUUUAGAUUUUCAUUUUUCUUUUCGUUUCUAAUUUAACUGUAAUUGUUAUUAAUUAUAUUGUAUGCUGUGUAAUGUGAUGUUUUCCAAAAUAAAGAAAAAAGAGAGGAGUAACAAA